AUGGAUAUCUCUAUGCGAAAGUCAAUGGAAGAGAUAACAAAAGAGGCACAACGUGAGGGUAGUGAUCCUUUUGUUUGGGCUCUUGAGAUGUAUUCCAAUUUGAACUCAUCUGGAGAAUCUUUACCCUCUUCACAACUCGCUGAGUUUUUGGUUUCUUACAUUUGUUGGGACAACAAUGUUCCUAUUCUCUGGAAGUUUCUUGAUAUGGCAUUGAUUCAUAAUAUUGUUCCUCCUAUGUUUCUUCUUGCUCUUCUUUCAGUCAGGGUUAUUCCUUGUAGACAUGCUCAUCCUGCAGCUUAUAGAUUGUAUUUGGAGCUCAUCAAAAUGCAUGCUUUUCAGCUUAAAUCUCUGAUUGAAAGACCGGAUUAUCAAAAGGUUAUGAAAUCUGUAGAUGGCGUUCUUCAUCUCUCGCAAAUAUUUGGCAUAUCACAAAGUGAGCCUGGCAAUUUGGUGGUUGAGUUUAUUUUUUCAAUUGUCUGGCAGUUGCUUGAUGCAUCGUUGGGUGAUGAAGGAUUGCUAGAAUUCACUCCUGAUAAAAAGUGUAAAUGGGCAAUGAUAUAUCAAGAAAUGGAAUUGGAUGGACACAACGAUUAUAGUCAUACUGAACAAAAGGAGAUAUUACGUAAUACUAAUACGCUAGUAGCUAUUGAGUUGAUUGGGCGGUUUUUGCAGGAUAAGAUAUCUUUGAGGAUUCUUUGUUUGGCUCGGCUAAAUUUGCCUGCACAUUGGCUAAGUUUUGUUCAACGGCUGCAGUUGCUGGGAGCUAACUCAUCAGCACUGAAAAAAUCAAAAACUCUAAGUCCCAAUACGCUUAUGCAUUUGGUUUCAGAUACUUGUUUGGUAUUGUCUCAAGAAGGCAAAACAACUUCACAGAAAAAGUUCCGUAAAGUUAUGGAUUUUGAGUACCUUUCUUCUUUUGCAUCGUUGGGUGAUGGUGCCACUCAUUCCGCACUUUGGAUUCCACUUGAUCUGGUGCUGGAGGAUACAAUGGAUGGCUAUCAAGUUAGUGCAACAAGUGCCGUUGAAGAAAUUAGUGGUUUGAUAAAGACCCUUCGAGCAAUAAAUCGCACCUCUUGGUAUGACACUUUUUUAGGCCUUUGGUUUGCAAGUCUUCGGCUUGUUCAGAGGGAAAGAGAUCCCAUUGAGGGCCCGAUGCCCCAUCUUGAUACCCGCUUAUGCAUGCUGUUGUGUAUCAUACCUCUUGUUGUUGCCAAUCUUGUUGAAGAGGAGGAGGAAGAACAGACGCCCGUUGAUGAAAACGGAUAUGGUCGCACAGAUCUCCGCAAAGAGAAAAGGGUUCCAGGAAAAUGUCGGGAUGAUUUAGUCUCAAGUCUCCAGGUAUUGGGCGAUUAUCAGAGCUUGCUCACUCCACCUCAAUCUGUUACUGCUGCCGCAAAUCAGGCUGCUGCCAAAGCUAUGCUAUUUAUUUCUGGUGUCACUGUAGGGAGUGCAUAUUUUGACUGCCUCGCUAUGGCGGAGAUGCCAGUUGACUGUUCUGGAAAUAUGCGUCAUCUGAUAGUUGAGGCUUGUAUUGCACGAAAUCUACUCGACACAUCUGCGUACACAUGGCCAGGUUAUGUGAAUGGACAGAUCAAUCAAAUACCUCAAUGUAUGCCAGCUCAAGUACCUGGCUGGUCAUCAUUUAUGAAGGGAGCCCCACUUACUUCAGCGAUGGUGAAUGCUCUGGUUUCAAGUCCUGCCACAAGCUUAGCAGAACUGGAGAAAAUUUUUGAAGUUGCAAUUGCGGGAUCAGAAGACGAAAAGAUAUCUGCUGCCACCAUUCUUUGCGGAGCAUCCCUAAUUCGAGGCUGGAAUAUACAGGAGCAUACUGUUCAUUUCAUUCUCAGGUUACUAUCUCCACCCGUUCCUGCAGAGAACUCGGAAGGAAACAACUAUUUGAUUAAUUAUGCUCCAAUACUUAAUGCACUUUUCAUUGGAAUUGCACCUAUUGACUGUGUCCAAGUAUUUUCGCUCCAUGGCUUGGUUCCACAGCUUGCAUGUUCGUUAAUGCCAAUCUGUGAAGUUUUUGGAUCAUGCAUGCCUAACAUCUCAUGGAAACUUACAUCUGGGGAAGAAAUAUCAGCCCAUGCUGUGUUUUCAAAUGUAUUUAUUCUUCUUUUAAAGUUAUGGAAAUUUAACUGUCCUCCUCUUGAACAUGGAAUUGGCGAUGCGCCAACUGUUGGUUCUCAAUUAACUCCGGAAUACUUGCUAUUAGUACGAAACUCUCACUUAUUGUCAGCUGGUAACCUCCGCAAGAAUAGUAACAGGAGGAGACUCUCGGAAAUUGCGAGUCUAUCGUCGCCAAAUUCUGUAUUUGUCGACUCCUUUCCCAAAUUAAAAGUCUGGUAUCGACAGCAUCAAGCGUGCAUAGCUUCAACACUCUCUGGUCUUGUUCAUGGAACCCCUUUUCAUCAAAUAGUUGAGGGACUUCUUACCAUGAUGUUCAGAAAGAUUAACAGAGGAAACCAAGCUAGUAUUACAUCCGGAAGCAGUAGCUCUUCUGGGCCUGGAAAUGACGAUGCCUCUACUGGACCAAAGUUGCCUGCUUGGGAUAUUCUUGAAGCCAUUCCCUUUGUAGUUGAUGCUGCUCUCACCGCAUGUGCUCAUGGAAGAUUAUCUCCGCGUGAGUUGGCGACAGGGCUUAAGGAUUUAGCUGAUUUUCUUCCUGCAUCACUGGCAACCAUAGUAAGUUACUUCUCUGCAGAAGUAACUCGAGGAGUUUGGAAACCAGCAUUUAUGAAUGGAACGGAUUGGCCAAGUCCUGCUGCAAAUCUACAGAACGUAGAGGAACAGAUAAAGAAAAUCUUGGCCGAAACUGGUGUUGAUGUGCCUAGCCUUACUACAGGAGACAGCUCUCCUGCCACACUUCCGUUGCCGUUGGCUGCCUUCACAAGUCUCACCAUAACCUACAAAGUUGAUAAAUCAUCGGAGCGGUUUCUUCAUUUGGCUGGCCAAACACUGGAGGGCCUGGCUGCAGGUUGUCCAUGGCCUUGCAUGCCAAUUGUUGCUUCCUUGUGGACACAAAAGGCAAGACGUUGGAGCGACUUCCUAAUCUUCUCGGCAUCCAGAACAGUCUUCCUCCACAACAGCGACGCGGUAGUUCAACUUGUUAAAAGCUGCUUCACAGCUACCCUCGGCAUGAGUAGCUCCUCUACUUCAAGCAGUGGUGGUGUUGGAGCCCUACUCGGCCAUGGAUUUAAAUCCAAUUUAUCUGGAAGGAUUUGCCCUGUUGCUCCAGGAAUUCUCUACUUACGCGCUUACCGGUCCGUCAGAGACAUCGUUUUCUUGACAGAAGAAAUUGUUUCAAUCUUGAUGCAGUCAGUUAGAGAAAUAGUUUCCGGCGGGCUUCCAAAACAGCCGCCACUAAAAAAGUUCAAACCAACCAAAGACAGCGCAAAAUACGGAAAUGUUUCACUCGCUGGAUCAAUGACAAAAGUAAAACUUGCAGCUGCACUCGGUGCUUCCUUAGUAUGGAUAUCAGGUGGUUUGACGCUGGUUCAGUUACUAAUAAACGAAACUUUACCGUCAUGGUUUAUAUCCAAUCACAGAUCAGACCAAGAAGAAAAAUCUAACGGAAUGGUUGGAAUGCUAGGCGGAUACGGACUUGCUUACUUUGCAGUCCUCUGUGGUGCAUUCGCUUGGGGAGUCGAUUCAUCAUCGUCAGCUUCAAAGCGACGCCAGAAAGUUUUAGGAACCCACAUGGAGUUUCUUGCAAGUGCACUUGAUGGUAAGAUAUCACUUGGCUGCGAUCCAGCUACAUGGCGCGCGUAUGUGUCGGGUUUUGUGAGUUUGAUGGUAAGUUGUACACCAAACUGGGUGCUGGAAAUUGAUGUACAAGUGUUAAAGAGACUGAGCAAAGGAUUAAGGCGAUUGAAUGAAGAGGAGCUUGCUCUUACUCUGUUGGGUGCUGGUGGAGUUGGUACAAUGGGUGCUGCAGCUGAGCUCAUCAUUGAUACUGAAAUCUAA